AUGUUCAAAUAUUAUAUUCGCACUUAUUCCAAUUUUAAUUUAUUAUCAAACAAAAAUUUAUUAUUUCGUUUUAAAACUACACCUAAUUAUUUUUCAAAUAAUAAAAUUAAUAUAUUACAAAAUGUUAUAAAAUCAAAUCGUUUUGUAACAAAUAUAACAAAUUUAUCGAAAAAUGAUAAUAUUAUUAAAGUUUAUUCUGGUCCAUUAUCUGGUACAGCUAAAAAGUUAAAGAUUCUUUCUAUGGCUUCUUUAAUUGGUACAAUCGCUUUAACUCCAUUUAUUAUGAUUGUUGAUGCACCAAUUGGAUUGGGAGCUAGAAUAAUUUUCAUUAUUAUGGCAUUAUCAACUAGUGCAUUAUCAACAGGAUUAAUUCAUUUGUGUUUUUCCCCAUACGUUAGAAAUAUUUAUUAUAAUCAAUCAAUAUCUUCAAAUCAAUCAUCAGAUAUUCCAUCUCUUAAAAUAACUCCUGAUUCAUUUCUAACAUUUGAAACUUUAACUUUAUUUGGCAGAUCAAAUUUUACAACUUUACCAAUAAAAUCACUCGAGCCUUCUUUUAGAUUUUUUACUACUUGGAAUGUAAAAAAAUUAUAUGAUAGUGAGUUAACUGCAAUGACAAAGAGAGGUAAACAAUUGAAACCAAAAAAGUUAUUUUAUGUUCAUAGUGAAUUAUGUGAUAAUAAAGUUAUGCAAGGGGUAAUUAAUAAUGUUGGUAUUAAUUAA